CGCUGUUCCCCGUGUGUUCUCGACUCCUUCCUCCCUCAUUUUCCCCCCUCCCCGCGUCCCUCGACCCCACGACGCGAGAAGUUUGCACAGCGAUGCUGGAGUGGGUGCUACCCGCAGCGAUGGGCAUCGAGAGCCUGCAGCUGAUCCUCGGCUCUCUCGUCUGCCUGCCCGUCCUCUGCGUCAUCCUGCUGGCCUGACGGACGGACUCCCCGCCGACCACAACGACCCGCCGGCUGUAUAACUAUUGUGGAACUCUGACUGACCUCUUUUCUCCUGUCUGUCUAUCUGUCUGUCCGUGCCGUCCCGCUGAGGGCGGCUAAUUAAGGCACCAGGGCCUGUUUCAGCGGCCUGCCUGGGUCUUCCUUCCUCCUCUACUGUCCCCCUUGUCUAACCCCUCUCUCCACCCCUCUUCUCUCCCUUCAGCGCGCCAGCCAUCUCUUUACGUAUCGGAUGCUGCGUAUUCCACCCCCAAUUAGCAAGGCCGCCAGUACUGUCGCUCCCACAACUGCCGAGCCGACAGACGGCGCCGUCACCAGACCAACGACGCCAUCGCACAGCGAUCUAUAUCCACCAUCGUCAACAGCACCAUCACAGCGUGUGAGUCUGUCCCUCUCCCCUCAAAGCAGCCCCCUCCGUCCAAGCCAGCCGCGACGAGGCGAUCGGAGGGAGGGCGGGGGAGGGAUGGUCAACAGGACUUCCACAUCCAUAGUCAACGACAGACAGGGCAGGAGGGCGCUGCUGGGCCUCGUGUGCCUGGCCGCCCUCGCCCUUCUCACCCAUAUCCACGGAGCCGACGCGAAAAUAUCUAACACAGGUUGGUACUCGUUGGGGAAUACGUGUGGGCGCUUGUAUGCAUCUCGUGGUGUGUGUUUCUGUUCCACUGUCUUUCUUCAGCAGCCCACAACGGUCGUCUGAUCCUUCGGUUCACAGAGCGGUCCGAAGGCCACCACUCCCGUCUGCAGCGGCACCUGACCGCCCAGGGCGUCCCCCUCCGAACCCCCGCGCACAUCCAGCACAGGCGGCGGCACCUCUCCGCGGACACUGACGACCCCUCGGCCCUCGAGUACCUGCCCAACGUCGACCUGGAGAUCCUCCACAUCGACCCCACCGCUGAGAAGGCCGACGUCUGCGCCAUGGUGCAGCAGCAGUACGGUCAGGUGCUCGACCUGUGCGAGGCCGACCACCGCAUCUUCGGCAGCCCCGACCAGCGGUCGGAGCCAUUCCAGCUCUUCGCGGUGGAUGACGACGACGUGACCACGCCACCGCCCGCCAGUGAGGAUGCAGACGAGGACGGCGUGCACGCCACUCACGGCGACGAGGGGCUCCCCAACGACCCCGGCUUCACCGAGCAGUGGGCGCUGUUCAACUCCUUGUAUGACGGCUUCGACAUCCACGCCCAGGAGGCGUGGAAGCUGAUACAGUCACGGAUCGUCAGCGGCCAGGCCACACUUACUGAGUCAGCCGGCGGGGGCACCCUGAGCGCCAGCUCGCUCGACGAGCCGUCGGACGCGGUGAAUGAGGACGGCGGCGAGAGCUUCAGGCCGAUCAUUGCCGUGAUUGACAGUGGGUCCGACUACACCCACCAGGACCUCGACGGCGCCCUGUGGAUCAACCAAGCCGAGUUCCACGGCCAGGAGGGGCACGAUGACGACGGUGAGUGGAGGAGAUUGAUGCCAUCAAUCUCAAUCCACACACGGACCACAUGCGUGGGUGUGUGUGUCUCAGGGAACGGGUUUGUGGACGACAUCUACGGCUAUGAUUUCCGCAACGACGACGGCGACCCGAUGGAUGACGACGGGCACGGGACACACGUGACGGGCAUCAUCGCCGCGGGGGGCAACAACGGCAAGGGCAUUGCGGGCGUCGCAUGGGCCGCCAGACCGCAGAUCAUGGCACUCAAGUUCAUGGGCAGGGACGCUGCUGACCCCACCACCACUACGGUCAGGGAGGGCAGACACCGGUGUGGGCACUGCGUAUGGCAAAUGGAUGGACUGUGUUGUUGGUUGUUUCAGGGUUGGACAUCUGAUGCCAUCCGUGCGCUGGACUAUGCCAUCCAGAUGGGGGCUCACGUGACCUGCAACUCCUGGGGAGGCGGCCCUUACGACUGGGUAAUAAACAACCAAGACACGAGAACAGACUCCAUUCCCCAGAACGUUGCUCUCGCCUUGUUCCCCCGUCUCUCCCACCCAGGGUCUCGAGCGUGCCAUUCAGAAAUCGGCCGACAACCAGCAGCUGUUCGUGGUGGCCGCAGGCAACGAGCAGCUGGACCUCGACGCGAGCCCCCAGUUCCCCGCGGGCUUCGCCGAGAAGAUCCGCAACGUUAUCAACGUGGCCAGCACGGACAAGCAGGGCGGCCUGCUGUACGACAGCAACUACGGCAAGGGGACGGUCCACCUUGGCGCGCCGGGGGAGAGGAUCCUUUCCACGGUUCUGGACGGCAAAUACGCCUACUAUAGCGGGACUUCAAUGGCCGCUCCCUUUGUCGCCGGUAAGCAGACGCAUGGGCGAUGGAUGGUUUGGAUGAGCGAGGGCAGUGUGUGUACCAUCUGUGUUUCGUGUGCAGGUGUGGCGGCCAUGGCGCUGAGUCUGCAGCCGUCUCUAGCGUUUGACUUUGAGUCUCUCCGUAAGAUGCUGCUGGGCACAGUCAACCCUCUGGAUGGCCUGAAGGGCGUCACCAUCACCGCCGGACAGCUCAACGCCAAGGGAGCUCUCGAGGUACACACCCCUCUCUCCCCUGUGUGUGUCCCCUCAGUGACAGUUUGUCUUUGCUGGCUGUGUCUGUCAUCAGGAGGCCAUCAUAGCGUCGGACAGCGCGUCCAUAAUCGUCAAGAAGCACUCGUCCUGCUUCCAGACGGACACCGACUUCCACGGCCACGACAUCCUCGGGCCCCUCACCACCACCUCGCCCCUCACUCUCAACGGCCGGCGGGUGCAGCCUCUGGCCGCCAGCACCCCCGAGGCCUGUCAGGAGGCCUGCCAGGCGCUGAGCACCUGUGCCUACUGGACCUUCAACAAGGCCAAGCAGUGCUGGCUUAAGAGGAAGGAUGCCGUCAGGGGCGCCAGCCUCGCGGAAGGGGCCGUCUCGGGACCAAAACGAUGCAGACCUAAGCGGCAAGGUAAGAGAGAAAUCGGCGGGAAGAGCUAGAGCUGAGCAUUGACUUUUCUCUGUCUGCCACUCACUCAGACGAGCGCCACAAAAGCAUGGCCACCAGUGGGUGUUUCGAGCACGACACUGCCCUGGCCAGCGUCAGCAAAACCGCCAAAAACACAUCCGACCCCGUGCGUGUGGCGACCAACGUGACGUCGGCCAUCAGCUGCCAGGCCGCCUGCCUGCUCGUGGGCGACUGCCUCUCCUGGACCUUCUAUCCCCCCACCACAACCGUCCGCACCGAGGGCGUCAUGGCCCCCAUUGACAGGACCGAGGCGUUCACACACAUCAAAAACAUCUCCAAGACUAUCACCAACAAGAACACCACCAAGGCGGCUGAGAAUGGCACAGCUGAUGCUGAUGCUGAUGCCACGGGGGGGUGCUAUCUGCAGCGAACCACGGAAUUUUCGCGCAGACGUGUGGUGGGGGCGGUCUCUGGGUCGAGGGCGUCACGAGAGUGCUCAGGUGGGUGCAGGCAUUCACACCUGACUGCUGAGACGAUGGAGGCCCGCGGUGAUGCUGCACUCUCUCUGUUUCGCUCCGUUGCAGAAGCAUCGUCGGCUAAUGUGACUGUCACGGCCACCGCCUCCGAGGCCAGCCCCGCCGUCGAAUCGCACACCCUCCUCUCCUGGCUCAUCUGCAAGGUCGACUCAUCCCAGCCAUCGUGCGCCGGCAACAACACCACAGCCACCAAGACACAGCAACACUGGGACACCACCACGACCAACAGCAGCACCAGCAACGUCGGCAGCGGCAAUCUCGUGCGCAUCCGCAAUGCGGCCGAGCCCGACCCGCCGAUGGGCGAGGAUGCGCUCAAGGAGGCCCUCAGAAUGCGGCGCGACAUGCGGGACAGAAUGGGAGCUGUGAAGGAGACCAGCACGGGGGCUGGGGCGAUGAUGGGGCCUGGGUUGGGGGAGGGGGAGGACUACGAUUGGAUGGGCGUGUACACGGCAGCCGUUGGCAGCAGCCUCAUGCUCGGUGCUAUCGUGGUCUUCGUCUGUGUGCGGAGGGCACAAGGUACGUCGCUGCCACAUUUGUAGACGUCACGGUGGAAUGAUUCUCUCUGUCUGCCGCUUGUGAUUGGUCGGGUGCAGUGUUCAGUUUGGUUCGCGAGCAGACGGGCAAGACGACCCCCGGCAGCCCCCUGUGCAUCCCCAAGAUCGCCAUAUCCGGCACCCCACCCACCACACUCGCAGCAGCAGCGGCCUCGUCCGCCUCCCCCUCAUGGGCGCCAUCGCACCCCACCGCCCUCCACCAGUCAGCCUUCUUCUUCUUCCCAUUCAGGACACAUACACGCGACCACUCCACCCGAUCUGAGCCGCCACCCGGACAGAGCCUUUCCCUCACGCUGCCCGCACAGACGGCCGUCGAUGCAUCUCUGGGUGGGGCCGACAAGAGGGCCAGCAAUGGCGGCUCACAGACGUCGCGAGAGAGCGAGAAACGGGCGAAGAGUGUCGGCAAACACGGGCACAAGAAGACCCGGGCGGCUGGUGGUGGUGGUGGUGUGGAUUCCGGUCCUGAGGAGAGCGAGAUGCCGCACAAGCCGACGGAUGGAGAGGGCAGCGGCAGCGGGAGGGCAGCGGUGGGCAUGUACACCCCGGCCCAUUUGGCGUCGAGGAGCGGCCGCACGCCCCAGACGGCCCCCACACACACGACGGGGUGCGGGAGGAAGGUGGCCACGCUGCCUAUUAAGUCGAAGCGGACCAGACACAAGUAACGAUGAUAGAUCGGAUGGGAUGGGCGCAUCAAAGGAACGGAUGGAUGGAUGGAUUCCGCGAGCGGGUGGAAUGGGUACCGUAUGAUGAAUGGCUCCGUGUGUGUGUGUGUGUGUGUGUACGCUUCCGAUUAAUGGUCAUCUAGUUUUGGUUGUGUGUGUGUGUGUGCUUGAGUGUGUGUGUGUGUGUCUGUGUGUGUGUGUGUGUGUGUGUGUGUGUCCCGCAUGUCUAUUUAAAACGUCCGUCCCCUGUACAUACAUACCGACAGAGUGUCUGUCUGUCUGUCUGUCUGUGUCUCCCUCCCUCUCUGUCUGUCUGUCUGUCCGCCUCUCUGCUGCCUGCUGCAUGCGCUGCACACGUGGUGCAGAUUUUCACCAGCCACUCUCUCUCCCAGAAAGGAAAGGAAGAAAGCAAACAAAAGGAAUUAGCUCCUACAUACCAAAGACACAUGUAGGUAUCGCACACAUACCACACCACACCACACCAUACACACACAGCGGUGCACCGAUCCCCCCAGCCACGCCACGCCACUCGCCGCCCUUUUAGCUAGGUAGAUAUUUUACCUACCGGUCACUGCUUGCUGUGGUGGGUGGGUGGGCGAGUGUUCCCAUUCACCGCCACACCCACCUUCAGGCUGUGAAUGGGUGUCAUUUUGUCGGUAUUUCCAUUCAUUCAUUCAUCCCAUUUCAUCCCGAUUCAUUCCAUCGCACCCCCCCGCCCACCCACACCACACUAAUACUAGAUACACACUCGAUACGAUACACACACUGUGUUGGUCAUUCUCGCUUCUUCCUUCUGCCCACCAUGUGCGCGUGUGCUCUCUCUCUCUCUCUCUCUCUCGCCCUCUGUCUCCGUCUCGUGUGUCUGUCUGUCUGUCUGUGUGUGUGUGUGUCUAUCUGUGUGGUGUGUAUGGGUCUUCCUGUCUUCCUGACUGCACGAAAUCUGUAUUAUCAAGUGAGCGUGUGUCUGCCUUGCCUUGCUUGUGGUCGGCCGAGGCAGACACACCUCUGCAGUCAGGUGCACCCCAUCCCGUCCCAUGUAUCCCACCCAUGUCAAUGAUAUAUAGAUAACAUUGAUAUAUUUGUUUACGCUCGAGUACUGACUGAUUGGUUGCUUGUUGAGGGAGGGACACUCGUUGGUUGGUUGGUUGGUUGGUUGGUUGGUCGCCCUUCUCUCCCUUCCCCCUCCCCCUCUGCUUACACACGGAAGUCCGUUCGGUCCCCCUUGUAUAGGUCGAUGAUGAUGGAUGGCGCUUUUGUAAGUUCAGUAAGUGCGCUGGCUGCUCCCUUUUCCCGCUCUCCUCCACGCCACGCCCGUCUGCCCGCCUUCUCUCAGAGCUGAGCGUUUUGUCUCUCUGCCUGUCUCCCUGCCUGCAUACACUCACAUACAAAUGGCGAUCGAGGCUUGUCCCCACACUACCUACACUCCUUUCUACUCUACACACAGACACACCACUGCCCUGCCUACCUGGAUUUUCCCAGCCACACAUAUCCAUGCAGUCCCGUCAGUCAGUGAGUGGAGUCAGGCCACCUUUUGAACGGCGCCAGCCAGGUCAAGCUGCUGAGCUCAGUCACCAACCGCCAUCGAUCGCCUGAAGCGAGCACUAGUGCAUGGUUUUGUGCUGCAUGCCCUUGGUGGGGUGGGUCAGGUGAGUGAGGCCCGGGCCUCCGCCGUACACGUGACGCAGGGGAUGGGUGGGUAGGUGGGGAUGGACGAAACGGAUCAUGAUAAAACGGACACACAGGGGCGGCAGGAGCAGGGACGGACGGACGUACAUGGGGGUGACGUAAGACACUAGGUCGAUUGCUUGCAAUGAGUGCUAUCAAGUGG